UCUGUGAAGUUUCAUCUUAACCAAAUGGUUCUAUUUGUGAAAUUGAAUUUAACAAAGUUUUUAUUUUCAUAACAUUAGAUUUCAAGAUUUAAAAAUUCUGAUUCUACUCGAAAUCAUUUUAUUAUGCAUAAAACUGUUGGUAGGCGUUAUAUUUAGAUUUUUAGUAUUUUUUUCUCGCAAAACAAUUUGUUUUAAUUAAUACUGGCUAAUUUUUAAUGUGUAUUUUUAUUUAAUUGUGCUGCUUAAUGUGGUUAGAACAAUCAUCAACUAUGGCAUACGGAAAUCAAUGGAUGAAUCCUGCUCUUUAUCAAAAUAUGAAUAAUGAACAAGUGGACUGGGCAAGUUUAGCUCAACAAUGGAUUAAAAUGAAAGAAACUACUCCUCAAAUUAUACAACCAGGACAAAAUGUUAGAUCAGUACCCUGUGAAACAACUACUGAUGUAAUUGGUCAACAGUCAAACCCUAGUCACAAUCCUUUAAAUAUUCAAGGUUCUAGUAAACCAGUUUGUAAUCCAAAUGUUGGUAAUAAUAUUGACAAACCAAGUGCUUGGAAUACAUGGACUUGGCAACAACAACAGCAAUGGAAUUGGAAUUGGGCUCCUCCUAAUAUUGCACCUAUUCCUAUUAAAGCACCUAGAGUUGAACCUGUAAUGCCAAUUAGACCUCCAUAUUCUUCACCAGUAAUGGCAGUAGAGCCUGAAUCUUUUACUAUAAAUACCCCAAACAGACAUUUUAGUACAAAUAGUUAUUGGCCAGGUUCUAAUCCAAAAAUUGCUCAUCCAACUGAGACAGAUCAAUGGACCAAGUCAAACUUAGUCUCAAGUGCAGAUGAUAAAAUUCAAGAUCCAGCAUUUAUUGAUGCAAUUAAACGUAAACAAUUGCCAGCUUGGAUUCGAGAAGGACUUGAAAAAAUGGAAAGAGAGAAACGACGUAAAAUGGAACAAGAACUAUCAAAUGAUUUAGUCGGACCCAACAUUAAUAUUGAAAAUACAUCAGAUGGAAUACCUAAUUCUCCAAAUACUUUUAAAAAUGAUCCUGAAAUAGUAGAAGAAGAUAUUGAUCAUGAUUCCAUAGAAAAUAAUAUUGAAGAUGAUUUGAGAAAAAAUGAAUUACCAAAAAAUGAGUCUUCAUCUUUUAUCCCACAUAAAAGUAAAGCCCAAAUAUGGGAAGACACGAUGUUAAGUCUUCGGCAAAUUUUGACUAAGUUAUUGAUGGAUGUAACUAAUGAUAUGAUGUUAAGUGUUGUAAAAGAAGUUUUAAAAACCACUUCUUAUACAGAUACUCACGGAAAUCAAAACCAAACAUCGUUAGCUGGUAAGCUGGGCUUAGGAGUUUAUGGAUCAGCCUCUGAAUCUUCUGAAGAAAGUGAUGAUGGAAAUUAUUUGACGGGACAUAAUAUAUCUCAUAAAAAAUAUUCUGAUGAAAUUUUACGAGAGAGAUUACUAAAACGUCAACGUGAAUUUAGUAAUAUAGAAGCUCGAAUAUUAAUGGAAUUAGAUAAACUUGAAGAUCGUGAAAAACUUGUGAGGUCUAAAUUUGAUAAUACUGUUAAAUUUAGUGGCAGUGUUAAUGAUACUGUUAGUAAGGUAGUCGAAAACAUUCAGUCACAAGGUCAAUCUGAUAAUGAAGAAGAAAAUCAAAAGCUAAAAAUAACUGAAGUAAAACCAAAAACAGAGAAGUCAAGUUAUAACAGUAUAAAAAAUGGAAAUAAGAAAAAAAAAUCAAAAUCCAAAAGAUCAAGUUCAAGUGAAUCUAGUAGUAGUAGUAGUGAAAGCAGUAAAAGUGAUGAUUCUGAUAGUAAAUAUAGUAAGAAAAUUGAUAAAUAUAGAUCAAAAGCAUCAAAUAAAAAAAGUAGAUCAGAUAUUAGAAAAAAAUCACGCUCUAGAAGUGGAAGUAGAUCUUAUGUACGGUCAAAACGUAGUAGGUCACAUUCAAGGAAUAGAAGUAAUUCACGAUCAAAGCGUAAUGAUAGAAAAUCUUCACAUAAUUAUAGAUCAAGGAGAAGUCGGUCACCAGUAUCAAGGCAUAAGAAACAUAAAAAUAAACGUAAUAGUUCAUCUUCUUCAAAUGAGUCGAGAAGUACUAAACAUCGAUAUAGGCGAUAAAAUAAAAUUAAAAUUUCUGUUCCUAAAAUUAAAAAAUGUUUAACCUAAAAUUCUGUAUAAUAUUUUUUAUAACUUAAUUAAUUUUUGUAUUAAUGAAUUUUCGAAAGAAAUAAUACAUUUUUUAAACAUAAUUUUAAUUAAAUUAUGAAUUUUAGGAUUUUUUUAGGGGGGUUGACAUUGACAAAAGUAAAUAAAUUUCGAAUUUAUGCUACAAAAAUAAUUUUUUUCCAAUUAUUGAUUAAAUUUUAUGUUAAUCAUUGGACAAAAUAUAUAAAUUUCAAGAUUUUUUUUUUCAUACUACUGUUGUUUACAUAAUACAGACAGCAUCAUAAGCAUAAAUUUUUAAUAUUAAUUAGGUCGAUAAAUAAAAUAGGCAUCAAAUGCACUGAAAUGUAUUUUGAAAUUAGAAGUUUGAAGGUUACUUGUUAAUUUAUCGAGAUCGGUUAGUUUAGAAGAAAUUAUUUAUAAUUUUAUUAUAAAUGUAGAAUAAAAACUUAAUUUAAUAAAAACAACAUUCUUUAUUAAUGUAAAAAAUGUUAUUAUACUUAUUUAAAAUCAUUACCACUAGUUACUUAUUGACAUUUUGUAAAAUGAAUUUUUAUUACAUAAAAUAUCUAAAAAAACAGUUUCAGUCAAUCUAGUUAUUUAGUUUUUUUAAACAAUUUAAACAAUAAAAGAAUGUUUUAUUUUUA